ACGUUUGGUGGCUUUGGUGAAUUUUCUAGAUUUCCCUAAUUGCUGGUUUUUUAAGACAACGUUUAUUCAAGUGGGUUAGCAGGGUCAAUUUCCAGACCAGAGGGAUUGGCUUUGCUGGCGAGCUGAAACUUCUCAGCACUGUUAAAAAUUAACCUCUGUUCUCAUCCUAGAGAGAACUGAAAAACAAUAUGAGUCACGAGGAAUCUGGAAACGUGCCUUCUGUCUCUCCAAACCGAACGAAACCUCCUGCUCUGGUUUUCCUUCUCUUCUAAACUCUGAAGAUCCCGUAGCAUAUCCCAACUUGUCCAGGAGCUGACUCAUUGCCAAGUAAGAAACCAGAAGCUUCAGAUAUGACCUUGCAACAUCAGCUGGCUUCUGACACAGAAAACCCUGCCCUGGGUUUUGUGCCCAGCAUUCGUGCUCUAUAUGCUGCAGCGAAAGCAGGAAGAGAAAAAGAAGAAGAAGAAGGUGGAGCCAUGGCUGCCGUCCUCCUCCCAGGAAACCUUCAAGAUGAAGCCACUUGCUCGGUUUGCUUGGAAUAUUUCAAAGACCCCGUGUCCAUCCAGUGUGGGCACAAUUUCUGCCGGGCUUGUAUCAGCAAGAGCUGGAAGAGCCUGGAGGUGGACUUCCCUUGCCCUCAGUGCAGGGAAGUGUUCAAGGAGAAAAGCUUCAGGCCCAACCGACAGCUGGCCAACAUGUCUGAGAUCAUCAGCCAGUUCAUCCUGCAUGGUGGGAGAGGCCUUGAGGACGACAGGAUCUGUGAGAAGCACAAGGAGGCCCUGAAGCUUUACUGCAAAGACGACCAGAAGACCAUUUGUGUGGUGUGUGACCGGUCUCGGGACCACCGACCUCAUGCGGUGGUGCCUGUAGAAGAAGCAGCCCAGGAAUACAAGGAACAAAUACAGACUCGCUUGGAUUUCUUGAAGAAAGAGAGACAGGAACUCCUGGAAUUCAAAACUCAGGAUGACAAGAAGAGCCAAGAAUUGCUGAAAACCAUAGAAACCGAGAGACAGAAAGUCCUCUCUGAGUUUGAAGGGCUACGCCAGUUUCUUCAUGAUCAAGAACAGGUUCUCCUUGGACAGCUGGACAAAAUGGAGAAGGGCAUCGUGAAAAGACAGAAUGAGAACAUCACAGAGCUGUCCAAGGAAAUGUCCCUCCUCAACAAAUUCAUUGCUGAUCUGGAGGACAAAAGCCAAGAAUCAUUGCUCGAUUUCCUCAAGGAUGUGACAGCUAUUAUUGCCAGAAGUGACAAUGUUAAAUGUCCGAAGCCUAUUCCAGUUUCCUCUGACAUGAAGGGCCAUGUCUCCACCUUCUCUCUGAAGACAGAGGCGCUCAAGGGAGCAGUUAAGAAGUUCAAAGAUCAUCUCCGGGAUGAACUGGGGAAAGGUGAGAAAGCUAAUUCAAACCUAGGAGGACUGGAUGACUCACCUGACCCCAUCACCAACCCAACAGCAAUUAUUCCACCAGGGUUUGAAGAAACAACCACCAAUAAUCCACAAAAUAGGGACCCAAUGGAAGAGCUGGGAGGCGCGGAAAACACCUCCGACCCAAUGGAAGAGCUGGGAAGCAGGAAGGGCAUCUCCAACAAGCAUGUGUUCCCCGCCACAACUGAGCAUGUUUCCCCCGCCAAAACUGAACUGCGCAUGUCAAGUAGAAACAGGGAACGCCCGAAUUAUCUACGCGAUUAUUAUGAAUAUUAUUACAAUUGCUAAAUAUGCAAAACCUGGGUGAAGUGCAAUUCAGGGGGGGAGAAGUGUUUUGUACGAUCCCAUUGGUGGGAAAUUCCAGCGGGAAAUUCCAGCGGGAAAAUAUUUGAAUUCUAUUGGUGGCCAACUGAUCCAGGUGUGUAUAUAAGGAGAGCAUCCUGCCUGCACCUUUUUGCUGAAGUCUCACUCUAAAUAAAAGAGCUGUUGUCACGACUCCGGUCUCGAACUCCUUACUCGACCAACUCAACACUGUGUGUGGAAAAAGGAAACUUGGGAAGGUAAGUAGAACAGUGAGAGGGGGAACAGCUGUGCCACGUGAUUUAGAUUCACUAGAAAGCACUGCUUUCUAGUGAUUUUAAAUCGCGCCGCACAGCUAAUCAUCGGAAAUACCGGUUCGGACCAACCGGUAGCUUUUUUUUAGCUUUUAUCAUUACCAGUUCACCUGAACCAGUGCGAACCAGUAGGAUUUCACCACUACCAGGGGUACUUAUAUCUCUGUUCUGAAAAUCCAACAUCUGCCUUCCAUCCCCGCUGCCCCACCUUCACAUAACCACGUUACGUGUGGUUGCAUUUGCAGCCUUUUGCAGAGAUUUGCAGUGGUCAUACAACUAUGUUUUAUGAUGAUUUUGCAGAAAAUGAGCAUUUACCUCCAGUUUUCAGCAAAACCAGCCCACAACUGCAGUGUUUCUUUAAUAGACCACCACAAAAAAGGUCGUAAAAUUGGGUCGAUCAUGUGGAUGAUCACUUUAUGAUCUUCACAAUUUACAACCGUAAUGGACAGGCUCCAUUAUGGGCAUAAGGUGAGGACUAUCUGUAAAAGAAUUCAAUGUUUGGUGCUGAUAUACUAAGCAAGACAAAUCGUAUCCAAUUAAUAGAUGGGAAUGUUCAGGUAGGUUCAGAUGGAAAUAUUUGGGGUUUCCCAGUAAGAAAAGAGAUUUCAGUGAAAAAUAAACAUGUUGCUUAGUCCUGUUACAACGGCCUGCCUUGCUCUAAGCAAGGGUGGAGAACUAUGGUCCUUUUACGAUCUGUGAACUUCAGCUCCCUGAAUUCCUGAGCCAUGCUCAUGUUCGCAGAUCGUAAAAGAGCCAUAAUUCCCAACCCUUAGUAAGGAGAUAAAUUCUUUUUACUUGCUGACUCUAUCUAGGCCAGGGGUCUCCAACCUUGGUCCCUUUAAGACUUGUGGACUUCAACUCCCAGAGUCCCUCAGCCAGCAAAGCUGAAGUCCACAAGUCUUAAAGGGACCAAGGUUGGAGACCCCUGAUCUAGGCCAGAAAUGGCGAAACUCUUCAGCACCGAGUGCCCAAACCAGAACGCACGGGCAUGUGCCGGAAUGCCAGAAACCAAAAACAGUCCUGAAAACAGCCUGAAAACGGCCCAAAAAAACAACCUGGAAAACAGUCUGAAAAACGCCCUGUUUUUUGAGCCAUUUCAGGCCGUUUUCUGGCGCUCCAGUGUCCGCAAAGACCAGCUGGCCGGCGUGCACCAGAAGAGCAGCUGGCGAUGGCACCUGCCAUCACAGAGAGGGCUUUGCAUGCCACCUCUGGCACACAUGUCAUAGGUUCGCCAUCACAAAUCUAGGCAUAGCUUCUUAUUUUUUUUAAAAAAAUGAAGCAAAGCAUUAAAGCAAAAUACUCAACCAAAGAAAGACGAACCCUCUAAUUUUCACACGCAGACCUUUGCCCCCCGCUCUUUGCUGCUGCUUUUCCUUGCUGUUACUGUGGUUGUGAUUGUUGACAUAGCGCUAU